AUGCGCUCUGAGUCUCUGCUUCGUGUUGCAGCUGUUCUCAACGCUGUGUCUGCUUCAAAUGCCGGUGCUGAGGAUGAAGGAGUUUCAUUGGGACACCCUCGCAAUGAGGUUGUGCAUAUGACUGUCGCUUUCCAUCAAUCAAGGCUGGCUGAAGCCGAAUCCUUACUACUCCAAGUUUCGGACCCGAAAUCCUCCAAUUUUGGCCAAUACUUAACUAGAGAUGAACUGGAUGUCAUGUUUGCACCGAGCGAGGCCUCGCAACGCAAGGCCUUGGAGUGGCUCAACGAGGCAGGAGUGACCGGUAGUAAUGUUCGGCUGCACAAGGCUGCAGGCCUGUUUGAGUUCCCGGUCACAGAGGAUCAGAUGAGGAAGUUGUUUGGUUCUGCCCACGAACGCCGCGACACGGGCGAAACGCGCCACGAUAGUUCUAUUCAUCCUGUCCCGGUGGGGCUGAAGUCUCACGUGGAGUCGAUUUGGUCGAGGAGGCCGAGACGGAAGCGGACCUCGGUGCAGUCUGAGCAACCAACGUCGUACAAGUCCAGAGAGUUGCACGCCAGACAGACCAACCAAACGAGCGAGUGUGGGCCCAACUGGUCUCCAAAAUGCAUUCGAGAGCUCUACCAAAUCGAUAUCGACCAGCCAGCUGCCCCGAACAACUCGCUCGGUAUCUACGGUAGCGGCGAUGCCUACGAAGCCGCCGACUUGCCCAACUUCUUCUCCCAAUUCGCCAACUUUAUUCCAAACGACACUCACCCAACUGUCGACAUCGUCAACGGCGCACCAGCCGUUCCAGGCGUGAGCUUCGCCGGCGAACAGAUCCUGGACCUCUCGAUGGCGUACCCUAUUGUGUAUCCUCAGAACGUACACAUCUUCCAGAUGCCCGGCGCGAGCUACGAUACCGGGUUGGGCAACAACUUCCUGGACGCCGUUGAUGCGUCGUAUUGCACCUUCGACGGCGGCGACGACCCAACGCUCGACCCGCAAUACCCGCAGUUUAUGGGCUACCAGGGUCCCGCGAUGUGCGGCACGUACAACAUCACCAACGUGCUGUCUAUCUCAUUUGCCACAGACGAAAGCCACCUUGGCGCGCGCUAUGUGCGGCGCCAGUGCACUCAAUGGAUGAAGAUGGCGCUGCAGGGUGUCAGCGUGCUUGUCUCGUCUGGAGACCGCGGUGUGCAGGGUAACCAAGGCUGUCAGUUCUUGGAGGCCGCGAAAGGUGGCGCGUUCAACCCGCUGUUCCCGGGAGUUUGCCCGUAUGUGACGACCGUUGGCGCAACGCAGGUCAACUACACCGAGCCCGGUCGUCCGGAAGUGGCAGUCUAUGAUCCCGCGCACUACUUCUGGUCGGGAGGCGGCUUCAGCAACUUCAACGAACAGCCCGCAUACCAAACUGAGGCUGUGGAUCACUACCUCGCAUCCCACGAUCCCAAGUACCCCGAGGGCACUUUCAACAGAUCCGGCCGAGCAUUCCCAGAUGUUUCCAUGUUAGGGGCCAACGUGACAAUCUCAGACAGCGGCAAGAUCGUGCAGAGUGGAGGCACAAGCGCCGCUGCACCGUUGUUUGCCGCAGUUAUCAGCAAGAUCAAUGACGAGAGGUUGCUUUCUGGCAAGCGUCCGAUUGGCUUUCUCAACCAGAUCUUAUACCAGCACCCUGAGGUGUUCAACGAUAUCACAGAUGGCAGCAACCCGGGAUGCGAGACUGGAGGCUUCCAGGCUGCGGAGGGAUGGGAUCCGGUGUCAGGGUUGGGCUCUCCCAACUUUCCAAAGUUGCGGGAUCUGCUUGUCAACCUUCCUUGA